UAUUUUUCAUUAGGAGAUUUAGAUUGCUACAAAUUUUAUUGUAGAUAACAAGCAUUUGUGUGACAACUAGCCCCGGUCUACCAGGUUUUGCAUAGUUUUCCCAAUCAGAGCCGUUUCCAUCUGAAUAGCAGAGGAUCGCUGAUCUCAAGUGCGCUGUGAAAGGACAGGGCAGUAAAAUAUAUUGUUGUGGAAAGUCUCUCUAUUGAUGGUCCUCCGGGCUGCUGCAUGGCCAGUCGGACACAAAGAGGGUGAAACGGGCCAGAAAACACUUUUGUGGCUCUUUUCUUUUCCAUCAGGGCGCGAUUAAAACACCCCAAAGGAGGCUGAGAGCGACGGGGGUCGAGCCCGGGGUUUAUACAGGGGCUUGUUCUUGGGCGCGCGCUAAAGAGAAACAGAUUUGUUUUUCUGCGCUUUAAAUUGAAGAAGCGGUUUGCAGAUGUUGAGCUUCUAGUGGAGGAAUGCAUCUCUCUCUCUCUCUCUCUCUCUUUGGCUGAUGGGGUUUUGUAAUUUAAUGCAGAAAGAGAGACCACACAGCUCGCCGGCUUCAUGAAAUUCAUAAACAUUUUAUUUAUCCUGUACAGGAGGUGAGCUUUGCCAAAAAUGGCGUUACUAUGCAAUCCCCCGUUCGCGUCCAAUAGAACAACAGAUCGCCUAAUGAAGAGGGGAUCGGAGGGAGUUUUGGAGGAGGAGGGGUCUCGAGCGUGAAAGAGCCGGAGGGACAAAGACAUGCAGCAUGCAACAGGACUCCGAGAGAAGAAAACACUCUCCAGACAACACGCAAAACCAGGAGGAUUCUUACGCAUAAAGAGGAUUGACAUUUGAAAUGCACUCAGGAUGCAACCAGAUAGCAGCAAACUGAACUGAUUGCACGGAUAACCGCUGAACUUUAGAUCUGAAAAGCUUCAUUGUGGAGUAAAUAAAAGUCUGUGACGCACCAUGUUGUGCUUUCACGGAUUGAUGCAAGCAUGCACCUAAUCUGAGUUUGUGGGCAAAAUGGAGAGGAGCAUCGUUCCCGUCGCGUUCCUCUCGUUUGUGAUGAUGCUGGAGGCGCAGAUGGUUUGCUGGCACGCGCUGAUGCGAUGUCAUGAAGAGCGUGAUUGUGAGCUCGCAUAUAACCAGUAUCUGACGGCGUGCGAUGGGAUCAUCCGAGGAAGCAGACGCCAGUGUCCAAGCCACUGCAUCAGCGCGCUCAUCCGCCUCAACCAGACCACACACGGCCCGUUACUAGAGACCUGUGACUGCGGGACCGACCCCGAGUGUGUGCGGGCCAAGCGCGCCGUGGAGCCGUGUCUGCCGCGCACACAUCCGGGUGACGCCGAGGGGAUGGGAUGCACCGAAGCGCGCCAGCGGUGUGAAGACGAGCCCAGCUGUCAAUCAUCCCUCACCGCGUAUCUGUCCCACUGCGGACAGCUGUUUAACGGGAGGAAGUGUUCGUCUCGGUGCAGAUCCACCAUCGAGGAGCUGCUGUUGAAGCCCAGUGGUGUGCUGCUCAAUCAGUGCGUGUGUGACGGGCUCGAGAGGCCGUUCUGUGAGGUGGUCAAACAGAAUAUGGUCAAACUGUGUUCGAUUGGAGUCGACAGCGUCUCCGUGGAUCACGAUGGCACGGACGAUGCAUACGAGGACGAGGAUGACGAGGCGAGACCGACCGAUGCUGACGCGGUGAUGUCUCUAACACGCGCUUUGACUCGUUCUCAACACGUGGUUUUGCUGUGCAUCGCAUUCGCUCUGGCGUUCACACUCUAAAGCGUGACGGAUUGAACAUCUGUGACCCUGGAGCACAAAACCGGUCUGUUACAUCAAGGCGAGACAACUAUUUGAAAAUCUGGAAUCUGAGGGAGCAAAAACAUCUAAAUAUUAAGAAAAACAUGUUUAAAGUUGUUCAGAUUAAGUUCUUUGCAAUGCAUAUUACUAAUCAAAAAUGGAGUUUUGAUAUAUUUAAUGGUAAGAAAUUUGCCAAAUAUCUUCACGGAACAUGAUCUUUACUUAAUAUCCUAAUGAUUUCUGUCAUAAAAGAGAAAUGUAUAAUUGUGACUCAUACAGUGUAUUGUUGUCUAUUUCUACAAAUAUAUCUGACACUGCACAGCAGUGUGUCCUCAUCAUCAGCUUUCAUUAGUUAAUGAACCCGGACUGUGUCUUUCUUCCGUCUUGUUUCAUCUCAGUGCCACUUGAAGUGUCUCAAGGCAAACAGUGGAUGCGCGUCGAGGGUUUGCACAGCAGACUUGCAUUGUACUCGCAUCUUACUUCAAAUAUUUGCAGUGCUCGUGCACAUAAAGGAGCCGGUUUGUGGAUCAAGUGCUUCAUUUAGGUGGAGAGGCCCUUCAGAAGCUGUUAAACGCUCUCCUUCUCUCUCUCACCCCAGAUUUAUUGGUUUGACCUGGUCCUCUGAACUAUCAGGUCUAGGAUUUGAGCGUUUGACAGCAUGCACAUCAUCACAUGUGACUCAAGCAUCUCUAGUGUUCGUGUAUGCUGGAAAUCAACACCAAGUGCCUGACGACUGUCUGUGUUUUAGUGGAACUGUUUUCCAUACAUUUUCAAUGGUUUUAGAUUUAACUAAAAGCAUUUAUAUAUAAUGCAUUAUAAAUGUAGUAGCAUUAAGCCUUGUAAUGCACACAGUGCAUGCAUUGUAUGAUCUCUUGAAUAAUUGCAACCACAGUUAUAAUGCAUUAAAAUGCAUUGUUAGAAAGUACAAUGCAUUAAAACAAACCUUCAAAGAUUAUAAUGCAUUUUAACUUUGGUUACAGUUAUUUAUGAAAAUAUAUAAUGCAGUGCAAUGUACAUUAUGAAUACCUUUAUAAUGCAUUAUAAUGUAAAGCUUUAAGAAAAAAGUUCCAGAUUUUUAGUUUUGCAUAUAAUUAAAUAUUAGUAAUGUUACAACUAGCAGAAGCACACGCUACGCAAGUACGUGAAUGCAAACACUGACUGAAACAUAAACUAGUCUGCUUCUAUAGUCAGUCUUCUCUUUUAGCUCAAUCACUCUCAAUGCAUUAGAAGAGAUUCUUGCAGAGUUAAAGAGAAUUAAGAUCUUGAUGUUUAUAGCAACCAUAUCUGAAUCGUGAUGCAUCUGACCGAAGCUCGUAGUUAUCUUUGUGUACUUGCAUAGAGUGUGUUUCUGGUUUAAUAUUUCUUGAAUUCCUAAAGGGUCACGGAGUUUGUACAGAAAAAUAAUUUAUUUAUACAUUUUGGAAUAAUUAAGAGAAUAAAAGUCAUGCUGAAAUGUA